GCAGGUUUCGCAAGGCACCGGAGGAACCAUCGUACUCAAUGACCUUCCAGCGCGAUGUCCGAUCGUCUGGGGCAGACAGCAAAGGGGAAGGAUGGAAAAAAGUAUUCAUCGCUCAACCUGUUUGACACAUACAAGGGGAAGUCCUUAGAAGUCCAGAAGCCCACAGUAGCCCCUCGCCAUGGCCUGCAGAGUCUGGGGAAAGUUGCUAUCGCUCGGCGCAUGCCGCCGCCCGCCAACCUGCCGAGCCUGAAAGCGGAGAACAAAGGCAAUGACCCCAACGUCUCACUAGUGCCGAAAGACGGGACAGGAUGGGCAAGCAAGCAGGACCAGCCCGACCCAAAGAGUACCGAUGCCUCAGCAGCUCCGCCGCCGGAGUCGCAGUCACAGCCGGCUUCACAGACGCCUGCCUCCAACCAAGUGAAACGCCCCCCAGCACCCCCCGAGAAUCCCCCCACAGCAGCAGGCGGGGUAAAGUCUUGGGCUCAGGCCAGCGUUACCCAUGGAGCGCAAGGAGAUGGUGGAAAGGGAUCAAACCUACUGUCGCGAUUCUCUCGCGAGGAAUUUCCGACCCUGCAGGCGGCUGGCGACCAGGACAAGGUUGGCAAAGAAAGGGACACUGCCGAUGCGUCGUAUGGGCCAGGACCAAACCUCCGCCCCCAGAAUGCGACGAGCUGGCGGGAUGGAGGCGGGCGGGGUGCUGAUGGGGAGCUGGUGCCCGAGGAGCGCCCCGGAGCUGGCCCGCAGCCCUCUGGGCCCCCCCAGUUCCCUCCCUACCGGGGGAUGAUGCCACCAUUUAUGUACCCCCCGUACCUCCCGUUCCCGCCUCCAUAUGGGCCUCAGGGACCUUACCGCUACCCCACCCCAGAGGCACAGAGGCACCCCCGGCUCGCAGGCCCCCGCUCCUCCCACCCCAUGCGCGUGUCGGAGCCCAUCAGCCGCCCACCCGUGCUAAAGCAGGAUGACCUCAAGGAGUUCGACGAGCUGGACCAGGAGAAUGAUGAAGGCUGGGCAGGUGCCCACGAGGAAGUGGACUAUACAGAGAAGCUGAAAUUCAGCGACGAAGAAGACGGCAAAGACUCGGACGAAGAGGCAACGGGUGAAAAAGAGAAGGAGGCGGAGCCAGCAGGUGAGGCCAAGAAAGGUGCUGGCCUGGCUGAGGCUCCUCCCCCAGCGAAGGCAGCCUGGGCUGAGACCUCACGCGUUCCCGAGGGCCCCAAGCAGCCAGCCCCACCUCCCCCCACACCCCGGCCCCCCCCACCUCCACCCCCAAAUCGGGGCAACUGGGGGCAGCCCAACGACUUCCCGGGACGAGGCCCGCCAGAGGACGAGGAUGAGGCGUGGCGCCAGCGACGGCGCCAGUCGUCGUCGGAGAUCUCAGCGGCUGUGGAGCGAGCACGGCGCCGCCGUGAGGAGGAGGAGCGCCGCAUGGCUGAGGAGCGCCGGGCCGCCUGCGCCGAGAAGCUCAAGCGCCUGGAUGAGCGCUUCGGCGCCCCCACCCGGCGCCCCAAAGCUGAGAGCCCCCGGGCCCCGCCUCCACCAGCUCUGCCCCCUGCUCCUGCCACCCCGGCCACUGCUGUCGUUGUCACCACCGCUGCCACCCCGGACACCACCGCCGCCCCAGCGCCUGCACCGCCUGCCGCCCCGGAGAUCAAGGAGGAGGCGGCUCCCAGCACUACAGUCGCAGAGGCUGCCCCAGUUGAGCCCCCUCCAGCUCCACCACCAGCUCCAGCACCCCCGAAGGAAACCUUGGAGGUGCCUGAAGACCCAGUGCCAGCUCCAGCCCUGACCCCGGCUCCAGCUCCGGCCCCAGUCCUGGUUCCAGCCUUGGCCCCGGUUCUGGUUCCGGCCCCAGUUCCUGUUGCUGCCCCUGCUGCCCCAAAACCAGAGCCCAAAGCUGAGCCCCCAGGGCCCCAGCGCCAGCCACCCCCAGCCCAGCCCUUGGGUUAUCCCAAGUACCAGAAGUCCCUGCCGCCUCGUUUCCAGCGACAGCAGCAGGAGCAGCUGCUGAAGCAGCAGCAGCAGUGGCAACAGCAGCAGCAGCACGCGGCUGGUGCAGGAGGAGCCAUGCCGGCCUCCCCCCAGCAGGCGGGCCCUCCCCUGGGCCCUCCGGUGGCACCAGCCACGGCUUCCUCCCAGCUCCCUGGGCCCCCACAAGCCCCACCGCAAGCUGCGCCCCCGCAGGCCCCACCCCCCAAGGCCCUAUACCCUGGGGCCCUGGGGCGGCCCCCACCUCUGCCCCAGAUGAACUUUGACCCACGCUGGAUGAUGAUCUCGCCCUACAUGGACCCGCGGGUGAUGCAAGGCCGACCGCCUGUGGACUUCUACCCGCCUGGCGUGCACCCCUCCAGCCUGUUGCCCCGGGAGCGUUCAGACAGUGGUGGCUCAGGCUCGGAGCCCUUCGAGAGGCACCCGGGACCCCCGCUGCUACCCCGGGACCGAGGGACCCCCCCUGGCGAGCCCAAGCUGGCCUGGGGAGGUGAUGCCUUCCCUGGCCCUGAGCCCCGGGGCCUCGCCUCCCCACUACGCCCACCUGAGGAGGAUGACAAGGGCCUGCGGAGCGAGACUCCGCCUGUGCGCCCACCCACCUAUGUGGGUGCCUACCAGGCCUUCGGCGAGAAUGGAGCACCGGCAUCCCUGCCCCGCUUCUCCAGCGACGAGCCUCGUCCUGGGGGGCCUUGGCCGGCGGGCCUGGCACUGCCCUCUGGCCCCCCUCCAGCCCCCCCAGAACCUGCCCGCAAUGGCCCAGCCCCAGACAAGGACUCCAGGCCUGACCUUGAGGACCCCUCUCAGGUGGCCAAGAAGCUGCCUGCUGAGCCAGCAAAAGAGGAGGCUCCAGUGGCAGUCACCAAAGUCUCAGAGCCUCCCCGGCGCCCGCCCCGCCAGACCCAUGACUUCCAGCGGGCACCGCGACGUGAGCCCAAGACGGAGACCCGUUGGGGGCCACGCCCAGGUGCUUCCCGGCGCCCCGAAGACCCUGACAGGCCCCCGCGUCGUGCUGGGCCCAUUAAGAAACCUCCCCCAGUGAAGGAAGAGGUCCCCAAAGACGCCAAGGAACCAGAGGCAGUGGCGGUGCCAGCAGUGCCCAAAGAGUCAGCCAAGCCAGGCCGCGAUCCCAAACCCAAAGUGGCUGUGAACGGUGCCCUACCAGUGCCUCCUAAAGACCCAUCGGGGAUCUCUGCUUCACCCACCCGCCGCCGCCGGGAACCCCCCUAUGCGCGUGUAGAGCGGGGGGGGGGUUUGGGGAGCCGCGGGCGAGCCCGGGGCAGGGGCGAGUACUUCGCCCGUGGGCGCGGCUUCCGCGGAGCCUAUGGGGGGCGCGGGCGGGGAGGUGGGCGCGGCCGCAGCCGGGAAUUUAGAAGCUACCGGGAGCCUUUCUAUCGGCCAGAGGAGACAAUUGGUGGAGGAGUAGGAGGUGGAGGGGGGCCAGCUGUGGCCCCUGGCAGUGCCACGCGGCCACGCACAACCAGCGAGACCCGGAGCGAGGGAUCUGAGUAUGAGGAGAUCCCCAAGCGGAGGCGCCAGCGGGGCUCAGAGACUGGCAGUGAGACCCACGAGAGUGCCAGCGACGUGGCUCAUUCAGAUAAAGAGGCGGCCACCCCAGCCCAGCACCAGCCGCCACCAUCGGUAGCAGUGGCAGGAGGGGGAAUGGCAACCAAGGGGGACAGGAACCGAAGCUCUGUGGCCUCGCAGCCACCUCCUGGGUUACCCCGCUUCUCUGACAAAGUGCCGCCGCGCCUCUCAGAUGGGGGCGGCAGCCGUGCAGGGGGGGGUGGCAGCCGUGGUGGGCGUGUCUUCACACCCCGUGGUGUCCCCUCACGCCGGGGCCGAGGCGGUGGUGGUGGGCGGCCCCCUCCUGGUGGAGCCUGGAGCCCUGCAGGAACCAAGAUCAAGCCUGGUAAAGAUCCAUCACCACCUGACAAGGACAAGGCUCCUGAAGACCUUGCAAAGAUGGUGGGGCCACCACCAGGCCCUGGCUUUGAGCGCCCGCCCCGGAGAAGACGUCAUGGGAGAUCCCAGCAGCAGGACAAGCCCCCCCGGUUCCGGCGACUGAAGCAGGAGAGAGAGAACGCAGCCAGGCUUAAUGGGACUGGGGGGCACCCUUACCCCCCGGCACCAGCCCCUGUUUCCGGGCCUCCGGUUGAGGAGGUGGCGGUGGCAGCCAUGGUGGCCAAAAAUGCUGCUGCUCGCCGGGCCAAAUCCCCCGAUCUCUCCAACCAGAACUCGGACCAGGCCAAUGAGGAGUGGGAAACAGCCUCAGAGAGCAGUGACUUUGCUGAGCGCCGCGGAGGCGCUGAGAAAGACCCGGCUCCUGGAGGGCCUCCAGCUCAGACCUUCAAGGGGAAUUCGGGGCCCAGUGGGGGAGGCGGGGGCACCAUCGGGCCUGCCCCUGGAGCCCGGGCACCCGGUGCUGACCUGAGCCUGGCCCAGCGUAAGGAGAUGUCCAAGCGCAGCUUUUCUAGCCAGCGCCCCGGCAUGGAGCGACAGAACAGGCGCUCAGGGCCCGGACCUGGCGGGGGCAGGGCUGGAGGCUGUGGAGGGCCUGGAGGAGGGAGAGGAGACAAGAGGAGCUGGCCCUCGCCCAAGAACCGUGGGCGCCCGGCUGAGGACCACUCCCCAGGCCUGGGCCUGGCACCGGCCCCCAAUGCCGUAUAUUGCUUGGACCGCGUCAUUCCCAGCGACCCGGCCGGCAUCCAGCAGGCCCUGGCUGAGCUUGGUGCCCGCCAUGGCACCCGCGCCAAGGCCCCUGCCCCACCUGCCACCACCACCUCUCCGGGGCCACCCUUUGCCCCUGCCACCACUGCCCCCCCUGGCGGCCCCACGCUGCCCCUGGGGCACUUUGAGAGGGGCAGCAGGGGCAUCAGCACAGACUCUCGGUUCCUGGACAAGCCACAGCUGCUGCGCUCUGGCCCCCUGCGUGACCCUGCUGGGGUUAGCAGCCUCCUAGCCAAGCCCCGGCACCCGCCAGCCAAGCCUGAGGACCCCCUGGGCUAUCCCCACGGCUCUGUGUUUCCCGAGACCAAACCGGAUCCUCCCGGCCCAGAACAGAGAGGCCGCGGGGCCUCAGCCGAGGGGCUGGCACCCCAGAUCUGGAGCCGCCUGCAGACCAAUGCCACCAGGAAAAGCUACCGCCCAGGCUCUGUGGAGCCCUGGAUUGACCCCUUGAAUGCCUUCGAAGACAUCGCCAGCACCGAGAUGAGCCAGUCAGACAGCGGUGUGGACCUGAGCAGCGACUCGCAGGCCUCCUCAGCUGCCUGCAGCCAGCGCAGCUCCCCUGAUGGGGGCCUUAAGGGGGCUCCUGAGGCCGGCCCGGGGGGUAAACGGCCCGGGGACCCCCUGGCCCCCGGCCCAGAGGGGGCCGAGCCCAAAGAGCAGAGACGGAGGCUGCCAGGCAGGGACAAAAAGGCCCUGCCCCGUGACCCCCCACCCGACCCCAUCGGCACAGAGCGGUCACAGCGAGCCCGGGAGGCCGGGGAAGGGGUGGGGCCCCCCGAGGCUCCACCCCCCCGUGAGCCCUCAGCACCCCCUAUCCAAUUUGGAGUCAGCGACAAGGAUACGGAUCUCCGGCUGCUGCCGAGCGACACAGGCAAAGCCAGCAAAGAGACUCCACCCCCUGGUCCUACCCUGGUCCCACCCAGUGGUGAUACGCUGGACUCUGGCCCCCGUGACUGGGAACUCCUAGCACCCCCCAGUGAGCCCAAGGCCUCAGCUCCUGGCCCAGGCACUGGGCCCCAUGGACUCCCCGCAGAGACCCCAGCGUUCUCAGGUGAAAGGGGGCAAAACCAGCGCCUCUAUCCUGAGCUCUUCUACAGCAACCAGGUUCAGGUGUCCAGCGCCCCCGUGGACUCCCAGCUGGGAAGUGGCAGCAGUUUCCGCCCGGGCACCCCAUCGCUAAACCCAUACAGGUCGCAGCCCUUGUACCUCCAGCCCAGCCCAGCACCCGCCUCGGCACCCACCCCAGUGCUGCCUGGCUCGGCCCUGCUGUCGGGGCUGCCACUCAAGGGCCCUUUCAUGGAGUUCCCAGCCCUGCCAGGGCCUGAGCUGGCCAAGCUACCAGGGGCUGGGCUGCUCUACCCACCCGCCCCCUCCUUCAUCUACAACCCACCCUUCUGCAGCAGUCAGCUGCCCCCUGAGCAGCCCUUGCUCCAGGUGCGGCAGGAACUGACACCCCCCUCAGACUUCUACCCGGGUGCCCUCCCCCAAGGCAGCCAGAGCAGCUUCCUGCCCCCGGCUGGCCCCACCCAGCAGGUGUUGCUGCCCAUGGUGGACUUCAGCUCAGGAGGGCCGGCACCAGGGCCUCCACCACCACCCCCCAUGCCCCUGGUGCCCCUAGCCCAGGCCCUGCGGCCCCCACCAGGGCAGUUACCGCCUGGGCGCCUGGUACCCUCGGCCGUGAGGCCCUUCCCACCCGGUGUGGGGCGCGCCGAGUUGCAUCCUCUGGACAUGAAGCAGUUCGAAUACCGCAAGCCGGGCACCACGGGGGGCAGCCCCUUCACCACCAGGCUGAAGACCCCAGGGCCCGGCUAUGGGGGCAGCUUCCGGACCCCCCGCUACGACUUCGGCCCGCCGGUGUCACAGGCGGAUGGCCCCCCCUCGGUCCCCAGGCCCCGGGGACGCCCCCCUCGGGGGACAGGCCUGAUCCCAGCCUGGCCCCCCCCCGCUAAGCUGGGGCCUGGGGGUCACAAAGGGGGUGGAGCCUGA